AUGUCAGGAGUCAGCAGUGACCAGUUGCACAAAUCAACUUUAAGUGUCUACACAAACCUGAUGGAGUACUUUAACCCUGGUCUUCAGAAGCUUGUUGCACUUGGAAACAGCUACGUUAAGGCUUUCCAAGCUUUAGCGGUUUGCAGUGAGGCUUACUUCAGUGCCGUGGCUAAGAUGGGCGAUCAGGCCCUUCACACGCUUUCAUCUCGUUCUCUCGGGGAUGUCCUGAUCCAGAUGUCAGAAACGCAAAGACGACUCACUGCAGAGAUGGAAGGGGUGUUUCAGUGGUUCCAGAUAGAGGUGCUGCAGGCGAUGGAGAAGAAAGUCAAGUUGGAUGAGGAAUACAUUGAUGGCAGUCGCAGAGUGUAUGAGCUGGAGGUGAGGAACCAGGCGGAGGCUCUCGAGAAACAGCUCAGACGUGGAACCUUCAGAGACUCUCUGGAGAACAGUGAAUACAUGUUGUACUUGAGACAGAGCCAGCAGGACAUCCUCAAGGAAGAGGAGAGGAGGUAUCGCUUCUUGGCAGAGAAGCACUGCGGCCUCACACAAUCACUACUCUUCUUAAUAAAUAAGGCUGGUGGAUCUCUCCAGCAAAAGGCAGAUGGAUGGAAGGAGAAAGUGAACGAGACCAGAUCUCAAACUCCUACCCAUUUGGACCAAGAGUUGCAGCUCCGAGGUUCAGUGAGCUCCCUGCUGCAGACAGUUGCCAGAGAUGAGGAUAUGUCUUGGGCCAGGAGAGAGCAGCAGGCGCUGGGCAGGGUACCAUCUAGAGCACCAUCUCCCCUCCCCAGCCGCUCACGCUCUAGUUCAGUGGGAGAAUCUCUGGGUCUUGGAGCGGGAAGAACCAUGAGAGCCCUGGUGUCUCACCCCUCCUCAUCCAAUCCAAAGCUCCUGCCUUUCAACAGGGGAGAGACUGUCACCGUACUGGUCCAGGAGUCACGCAACGGCUGGCUGUAUGGACGCACUGAUAGCAGCCUGCGUCAGGGCUGGUUCCCUGCCGCAUAUGUGGCUCCGGUUGAAGAUUUCUCCAACACUUUAGCAACCAGUGGCGGUUCUGGUCGAAGCCACAGCAUGAACAAUCUGGUGGACGCAGAAACCUACAACGAGCAACCAGAGGGCAAAGGUUAUGGUGAUAUUCCGCCUCCAGCCACACCCAACCGCAGGGUCUCUGUUGACUUCCAACUGAUCUCUCCGGCCCCUGAGAAGAAAGCCGAACCAGCGAUGGAGACAAAGCCUCCACCUCCUCCCCCUCCACCACCACUACCAAGUCAGAAUCUCAGAAGAGGUUCAGCAGAGUUUCGAGCAAUCUCUCCCAAUUCAGAUAGGAAGGCUGACUCAGCAGCUGAUGUCCAGACAUUGUCACCACAAGGGCAACCUGAAAACCCUUUAUUUCCCAGAGGCACAAACCCAUUUGCCACAGUGAAGCUUCGCCCCACAACAACCAAUGACAGAUCUGCUCCUCGAAUCCACUGAUCUAUCAUCUCUGCAGGCCGAGUUUGUGACUCCUGCUGGGAGAUUUGGUUCUGGAAACAGGAGAUAUAUUUUUGUUGACAUUUUUGAAAUGUGAGGCCUCCUUUCCUGAUGUCCAGAGGGACUGAGAUAUUAUUUAAGAUGAACAACUUAUACCAGAUGUAAAAAGUAAACCAUGAUCUAGAAUAGUUUGAACAAUUUUUGUAUAUUAACUAAGUUGCUAGUUUGUUUGAUGUUCGAAUAGUUUUUCUUUUUCUUUUCAGACUGCUCUAUGUUUUAGCCACAGAACUAUGGCCAGCAUAAAUACUAGCAAAAAACAGGGACACAAGAAGCCUGAC